AUGAGUCCCCUUCGUGUGGAAGUAACAGUUGUGUGUUGUGUAUUGGUUGUGCUUGGAGCACUACCAUUCUCUUCAGAUGCACAGUUAGACCCCUCCUUUUAUAGGGACACAUGUCCCAAUGUGCAUUCUAUUGUACGUGAAGUCAUUAGAAACGUUUCUAAAUCAGACCCCCGAAUGCUUGCUAGUCUCAUAAGGCUCCACUUUCAUGACUGCUUUGUUCAAGGCUGUGAUGGAUCAAUUUUGUUGAACAACACUGCCACAAUAGAGAGUGAGCAACAAGCUUUGCCAAACAACAACUCAAUAAGAGGUUUGGAUGUUGUGAACCAAAUCAAGACUGCGGUUGAAAGUGCUUGUCCUGAUGUAGUUUCUUGUGCUGAUAUUCUUGCCCUUGCUACUGAAAUUUCUUCUGUUCUGGCACAAGGUCCUGAUUGGAAAGUUCCAUUGGGCAGAAGGGACAGUUUAACAGCAAACAGAACCCUUGCCAAUCAAAAUCUUCCAGCUCCAUUCUUCAACCUCACUCAACUUAAAGCAGCCUUUGCUGUUCAAGGUCUCAACACCACUGAUCUAGUAGCACUCUCAGGUGCUCACACAUUUGGCAGAGCUCAGUGCUCUUUCUUUAGUGACAGAUUAUACAAUUUCAGCAACACUGGAAACCCUGAUCCAACUCUUAACACAACUUACUUACAAACACUUCGCACAACAUGCCCCAAUGGUGGACCUAAUAACCUUGCCAAUUUUGAUCCAACCACACCUGACACAUUUGACAAGAACUACUACUCCAAUCUUUUAGUUAACAAGGGCUUGCUUCAGAGUGACCAAGAGUUGUUUUCCACAACAGGUGCUGAUACCAUUGACAUAGUCAAUAGGUUCAGUAGCAACCAAACACUUUUCUUUGAGAACUUCAAGGCUUCAAUGAUCAAAAUGGGCAACAUUCGGGUGCUAACAGGAUCUCAAGGACAAAUCAGAAAACAGUGUAACUUUGUUAAUGGGAAUUCUGCUGGAUUGGCUACUCUGGCCACCAAGGAAUCAUCAGAAGAUGGCAUGGUUAGCUCAAUCUAAAUAAAUUAACAAAACAAAGUUAUAGUGUAUGC